AUGAGCUCCAGUACCUUUAAGCAGGCAGCUGAGGCAGCUAGGACUCGCACUUCCGAAGUCAUGAAGUCUGACACCGUUGCCGUCGCCAAUGAUUUCCUCCACACCCCGCUGAUGAGGGCAGCUUUACCCUUCAUCAACGGCGGUAUUAGCGGCAUGGUCGCCACAACCGUCAUCCAGCCCGUCGACAUGAUCAAGGUCCGCAUCCAGCUUGCAGGCGAAGGUGUCGCUGGCGGCCCGAAGCCCACCCCCAUGUCCGUCACAAGAGAGAUUCUUGCCAGCGGCAAGGCACUCGACCUCUACACCGGGUUGUCGGCCGGCCUCCUCCGUCAAGCUGUCUACACCACGGCUCGGUUGGGCUUCUUUGACACCUUCAUGGGCAAGCUCGGCCAGCGCGCCAAGGACCAGGGCAAGGCCGUUGGCUUCGGCGAACGGGCCACCGCCGGCCUCGCUGCCGGUGGCCUGGCCGCCAUGAUUGGCAACCCUGCCGACCUGGCUCUGAUUCGCAUGCAGAGCGACGGACUCAAGCCCCUGGCCGAGCGCAAGAACUACAAGAACGUCAUCGACGCCCUCAGCAGCAUCGCAAAGUCGGAAGGCGUCGCUGCCCUCUGGGCCGGUGCCGCUCCCACCAUUGUGCGCGCCAUGGCCCUCAAUUUCGGUCAGCUCGCCUUCUUCAGCGAGGCCAAGUCGCAGCUUAAGCAGAACACCCAACUGUCAGCCCAGACCCAGACCCUUACCGCCUCCGCCAUUGCCGGUUUCUUCGCCAGUUUCUUCUCCCUCCCCUUCGACUUCGUCAAGACCCGCCUGCAGAAGCAGUCCAAGGGCCCCGAUGGCAAGCUCCCGUACAAAUCAAUGGUGGACUGCUUCGCCAAGGUGGCUAAGCAGGAGGGUGUGACGCGCUUCUACCGCGGUUUCGGUACAUACUACAUCCGCAUUGCUCCCCAUGCAAUGGUGACACUCAUUGUCGCUGACUACCUUGGCUGGAUCACCAAGUAG